AUCAAAAUGCUCAAUAAACUGCUGCCUCUGAUGCUGAUAAUUGGCUAUUGCGGCUUUUUUGUGCCUGGAAGUGCACAAAACCUGUUGGACCGUCUACGGCCGGUUAAUGCAACGCGCUUCGAUGAUGGCAUCAAAGUCGUGUCCGGCACCAAAGUGAAGCGAUACGAACGUCUGACGGUGCCGCUGGGCGGACCUGCUGGCAUACCAGGAGCUGCUGGUCUUUUGGGACCCCUGCUACCUCCACAGCCAGUUUAUUUGGGUUAUACCUAUUUGGUGCCACAAUGGCAGGCGGGUGCGAAGCUUAUGGGCGACGGCGAGGGAGAUGGCGUGUCUGGUAUGAUCACCUUCCAGCAGUUGCCGUACAACUCGGACAUCAAGGUGACAAUGAAUGUGACGGGGUUACCUUCAGGCAAGCAUGCACUGCAUAUACACACCUUUGGCGACAUCAGCGAUGGUUGCAAGUCCACGGGCGGACAGUUUCCCAAUAACUUUCUCGGCAACGUGGACGCUAAAGAUGAUGGCAGCAUAUCUGCGAACUUCCAGAGCAUCUACAUCCAGUUGUUUGGUUUCAAUGGAAUUGUGGGCAGGUCCAUUGUUAUACACAGCAAGGCCAUCGAUCUGAAUACGGCACUAAAUGCGGAGGUCUUCUCCUCAUCGCUACAGGCCAUGCCGAAUGCCUUGGCCUUUCAAAAUGAGGAGAACUCUGUGGGUCCACCUAUAGCUUGUGGCGUGAUUAGCCUCAUGAGCACCGCCGUGGCUACUGCAUCCGUUUCAACAGCUGCGGCAGUGGAGAAAAGGGAGACUUAAUGCAUUUUGAACAUUUAUUUUAACGUAUUUUAAUGCAUAUUCUAUGUAUUAUCUUUAUAGAAGGAGAGCUUUUAUAUUUUUUAUAUACCCGGUACUCUAAGAAUAAAUAGGGUAUAUUGUAUUUGUGCAUAAAGUGGUUGUAUGUAACGCAAAAAAGGACACGUUUCCGACCCCAUUAAGUAUAUAUAUUCUUGAUCAGCAUCAAUAGCCGAGUCUAUAUAGCCAUGUAUGUCUGUCCGCCCGUCCGUCUUGUCUGUCGGCUAGUUGUCAGAGACUGUAAGAGCUAGAGCCAUCAAAUUUUUCCUCCUGACUGAUGUACAUAUGCUCACACUGAUACAAGGGUAUUUAAAAACUUAGACCCGCUCCCUUCCGCCCGCAUUU